UCUUGUGCGCAUGCGCCGAGGGCCCCGGAAGCUGCGGUGCGCAUCGCAUCUGCUCCCCCCCCUCCCGGGGGCCCAACCGGCCCAACGGUAGCCGGGGCCGGAUCGGGUGGAUGUGGGGCCUCGAAGCCCGAGCCCGAUAUGGCUUCGGCGGGAGGCGGUGCCUGCGAGGGCUCAGGGCCGGAGGAGCGACCCCAGCCGCGGCCCUUUCUGAUCGGGGUGAGCGGCGGCACGGCGAGCGGCAAGUCCACAGUGUGUGAGAAGAUCCUGGAGCUGCUGGGACAGAACGAGGUGGACCGCCGGCAGCGCAAGUUGGUCAUCCUGAGCCAGGACUGCUUCUACAAGGUCCUUACGGCGGAGCAGAAGGCCAAGGCCCUGAAAGGACAGUACAAUUUCGACCACCCAGAUGCUUUUGAUAAUGAUUUGAUGCACAGGACUCUGAAAAACAUAGUGGAAGGCCAAACUGUUGAGGUCCCCACCUAUGAUUUUGUGACCCACUCAAGGACCCAUGUCCAACCUCUCCCUGGCAGGUUGCCAGAGACCACAGUGGUCUACCCAGCUGAUGUGGUUCUGUUUGAAGGCAUCUUAGUGUUCUACAGUCAGGAGAUCCGAGACAUGUUCCACUUACGUCUCUUUGUGGACACGGACUCAGAUGUCAGGCUGUCUCGAAGAGUUCUCCGGGACGUGCACCGCGGGAGGGACCUGGAGCAGAUUCUGACCCAGUACACCACCUUUGUCAAACCAGCCUUCGAGGAGUUCUGCCUCCCGACCAAAAAGUAUGCUGACGUGAUCAUCCCUCGAGGGGUUGACAACAUGGUUGCCAUCAACCUCAUCGUGCAGCACAUCCAGGACAUUCUCAAUGGUGAUCUGUGCAAACGGCAUCGAGCUGGGCCCAACGGACGCAACUACAAGAGGACCUUCUCUGAGCCAGGAGAUCACCCUGGGGUGCUGGCUGCUGGCAAGCGCUCACACCUGGAGUCCAGCAGCAGACCCCACUAAGGAUUGGCAUGUGUAGGUUCCCCAUAGAGUCAUGAGUUUUGGGGCUGGGCCUGGGGAUUCCCACUUGUCCCUGAAAGUACAGGCAGGGCUUCCUCUCAGCAUGUUCCAGGAUGGCAUUAGGACCAAGGCCUUCCUAGCUUGGGAGGGCAGACUUGUGCUGAUAGAUGGCAUUCCUGUGUCCCCCGCUUCCUCUCAUUGGAGGCGGCCAACAGGUUUCUGGGUUACGGAGAAGUCCCAGACUGCCUAGUAAGCCCUUGAUGCUUGCUUCCAGAGGGAUGCAGGAUACACAUUCUGGGGAAACUGAGGAAAUCACCUGGGCACUGGCUAGCCCGGUGUUGAUAGCGAACCACAGCCAUGUUUCCCAGUAUGAUGUGCUUCAUGCAUAGACUGAGGAAGUUUUAAGACAUGCUAUCCAUCCUUACUGUUUUGUGACUGGCUGUUUGUGACCUGUAAAACUAGUUUCAUGACCUACUAGGCUUCAAUCCAGUCUGAGGAGUCCUGGAGGCAGGAACCCGAGGGUCCACCUGGGUUGCUCUAACCAGCACACCUGAUGCAAGGACUCAUGGAAGUCCUGGGGCCUGAAUGGUCCCCACAUGGUGGGACAGAUGCUAGCAGGCCAGCAGGUCUCUGUGGCUAGAACAGUGUCUACACAGUCUUGUAGCCAGGGGGCUGUCUGUGGAUAAGCCACUUGGGUAGGCUCAUGGCCAGCCAUAUACAGGCAGGCCACCUCCAGCCAGGGGAGCACUGGAGUAUAGCUGGCCAAGAGAGCAUGGCUGCCUGAAGCCAGCUAGUCUCACACACUGACCCUGAGCUCAAGGCCUCAACCAGGCCCUUCUGUCGUUUGUCUUCCCCCUGUCGUGAUGGCCCUUUUUGGAAAAGUGUCCUUUGCCAUCACCACAAGCUAUGGCACAGGUCCCUCUCAUUUCUUCCUGUUAAGUACAGCUCUGUGCUUCCCCACUCAUAACUGCAGUGGAGCUGUGUUAAGCCCCAGCUGGUUUCUUUUAGCGCUAUUGACAGUUUUGUUAAGCUGAAGCCUCUUUGGAGGGAGAAUCAAUAAAUACCACCAAAAAAUCAGAA